AUGGGCGCUCAGCCGCGGCCUGCCCGGCUCUGGGCCCUGACCCUGCUGCUGGUGCUGGGGCCGCGCAGCCUGGAGGCUGGGGCCCCCAGAGCCCCGGAGAGCGGCUUCCGGGAGGGCUACUUCGAGCAGCUCCUAGACCAUUUCAACUUCGAGAGGUUCGGCAACAAGACCUUCCCCCAGCGAUUCCUGGUGUCAGAGAAGUUCUGGAAAAAGGGCAAAGGGCCCAUAUUCUUCUACACGGGCAAUGAGGGGAACGUGUGGUCCUUCGCCAACAACUCAGGCUUCAUCCAGGAGCUGGCGGCUCAGCAGGAGGCCCUGGUCGUAUUCGCGGAGCACCGCUACUAUGGGAAGUCACUGCCAUUCGGCGACCGGUCCACGCGGCGCGGGCACACAGAGCUGCUGACGGUGGAGCAGGCCCUGGCCGACUUCGCCAGGCUGAUCCGCGCGCUGCGACGUAACCUCGGGGCCGACGACAGCCCCGUCAUCGCCUUCGGUGGCAGCUAUGGGGGGAUGCUCAGCGCCUACAUGAGGAUGAAGUACCCCCAUCUUGUGGCCGGCGCGCUCGCCGCCAGUGCGCCGGUUGUGGCUGUGGCCGGCCUCGGCGAUUCCUACCAGUUCUUCCGGGACGUCUCGGCGGACUUUGAGGGCCAGAGUCCCAAGUGUGCCCAGGGCGUGCGGGACGCCUUCCGGCAGAUCAAGGACUUGUUCUCGCAGGGAGCCUAUGACACGGUCAGCCGGGAGUUCGGCACCUGCCAGACACUGUCCAGCCGGGAGGACCUGACCCAGCUCUUCGGAUUUGCCCGGAAUGCCUUCACCGUGCUGGCCAUGAUGGACUACCCGUACCCCACCGACUUCAUCGGGCACCUUCCCGCCAACCCAGUCAAGGUUGGCUGUGACCGACUGCUGAGUGAGAGCCAGAGGAUCAAGGGGCUGCGAGCCCUGGCUGGGCUGGUAUACAACUCCUCGGGCACCGCGUCCUGCUACGACAUCUAUCAGCAGUACCAGGCCUGCGCGGACCCCACAGGCUGUGGCACCGGCUCUGACGCCAGGGCCUGGGAUUACCAGGCCUGCACCGAGAUCAACCUGACGUUUUCCAGCAACAACGUCACAGACCUUUUCCCCGUGCUGCCCUUCACGGAGGCGCUCCGCCAGCAGUACUGCCUGGACACGUGGGGUGUGUGGCCCCGGAGGGACUGGCUGCAGACCAGCUUCGGCGGAGACAACCUCAAAGCCGCCAGCAACAUCCUCUUCUCCAACGGUGACCUGGACCCCUGGGCAGGGGGCGGGAUCCGGACUAACCUGAGUGCAUCCGUCCUCGCCGUCACCAUCCAGGGGGGCGCCCAUCACCUAGACCUGAGAGCGUCUCAUCCAGAAGACCCCACGUCUGUCCAGGAGGCUCGUGGGUUCGAGGCCAGGCUCAUCCACAAGUGGGUAGAAACAGCCAGACGUGAGCAGCGGCUGCAGCCAACCUAG